CAAAAAAAUAAAUAAAUAAAUAAUACAACUUCAACAUGUCAAGGAAGGCUAUGAACUGAUAGGAGUCCUAUUUCUACAGCUGAAACAAUGCACUUAGAUUUGUCACUUAUUGAAUUGUGAAUCUCGGAAGAUUUACACUUGAGAAAUGUCCACCCCAACUGAUCCGUCAGUUGGAAUGUCACACCCUGGUCCUUCCCCCGGUGCUGGCCUUUCACCAGGGCCCAUUUUAGGCCCAAGUCCCGGACCAGGCCCCUCUCCAAGUUCUGUCCACAGCAUGAUGGGCCAAAGCCCAGGACCUCCUAGUGUACAUGGCAUACAGAGCCAGGGGUCUGGAGACUAUUCUCAGGAGGGCAUGCAUCCCAUGCACAAGCCGAUUGAAGGAAUGCAUGAAAAGGGCAUGGGAGAAGAAAUGCACUAUGGGCAGAUCAAAGGUGUUGGCAUGAGAUCCCUGCACAGUGGUAUGGGCCCACCGCAGAGUCCAAUGGAUCAGCACAGCCAAGGAUACAUGUCACCUCACCCUUCCCCAAUGGGCUCGGUACCUGAGCAUGUGCCAAGUCCCAUAUCUGGAGGGGGUCCUACACCACCUCAGAUGCCAAUGGAGCCGCAGGCGAUGGGGCAGCCGGGCCGUGGCCACUCAGCCUUCAGCCCUGUUCAGCUGCAGCAGCUCCGUGCACAGAUACUUGCUUACAAAAUCCUGGGUCGUGGGCAGCCUCUGCCUGAGAAUCUGCAACUGGCUGUGCAGGGCAAGAGGAGCCUUCCCACAAUGCAGCAGCAACCCGUGAACACUGGACCUUACAACAGGCCUCAAGGUAUGCCUGUGCCCCAUGGAAGCCCUGCAUCUGGCCCAUGCCCCACUCCAGGCAUGCAGACACAUGCCCCAAGCACCGGGCCAAAACCAUGGACAGAAGCUCAAGGUACUGAGGCCUGUAGCAGCUCCCAGAAGCUCCCAGUUCCAGUCCCUAGUGGCAGGCCCUCUCCUGCUCCUCCUCAGGCUCAAACACCUACACAGGCCAUGCCCAGUACAUCUCUCACACCACAACCCCAAUCACAACCCCAAGGCCAGCAAUCUCAGCAGCAACAAGGCCCUGGGCAGACCUCACUCAUUAUCCAGCUGCAGCAGAAGCAGAACCGCAUCACACCCGUCCAGAAACCACAAGGCCUGGACCCAGCAGAGCUUCUGCAGGAGCGCGAGUACAGGUUGCAAGCCAGGAUUGCUCAUAGAAUUCAAGAGCUGGAGAAUUUGCCUGGGUCUCUGCCUCCUGACCUGAGAACUAAAGCAACAGUCGAGCUAAAGGCCUUGAGACUUCUAAAUUUUCAACGACAGCUUCGACAGGAUGUCGUGGCUUGCAUGCGCAAAGAUACGACUUUGGAGACAGCACUGAAUUCCAAAGCCUACAAGCGCAGUAAGAGGCAAACACUGAGAGAGGCACGCAUGACUGAGAAGCUGGAGAAGCAGCAGAAAAUUGAACAAGAGAGAAAGCGGCGUCAAAAACAUCAGGAAUACCUUAACAGCAUCCUCCAGCAUGCUAAAGACUUUAAGGAGUAUCACCGAUCAAUCUCUGGAAAGAUCCAGAAGUUGUCAAAGGCUGUGGCCACAUGGCAUACCAACACAGAGAGGGAGCAGAAGAAGGAGACAGAGAGAAUCGAGAAAGAGAGAAUGAGAAGGCUGAUGGCAGAGGAUGAAGAGGGCUACAGAAAGCUGAUUGACCAGAAGAAGGACAAGCGCCUGGCCUAUCUACUCCAGCAGACCGAUGAGUACGUGGCCAACCUCACUACACUGGUCUAUGAACACAAGGCUGCCCAGGCUGCCAAGGAAAAAAAGAAGAGGAAGAAGAAGAAGAAGAAGGAAGAUGGAGAAACUGAGGGGCUUGGAACAAUUGGACCUGACGGGGAGCCCAUUGAUGAGAGCAGUCAGAUGAGUGAGCUCCCCGUCAAGGUCAUUCAGACAGAGACCGGAAGGGUACUACAGGGCACAGACGCUCCCAAGUCUAGCCAACUGGAGGCCUGGCUUGAGAUGAAUCCUGGGUAUGAAGUGGCCCCAAGGUCGGACAGUGAAGAGAGCGGUUCGGAGUUUGAAGAGGAGGACGAUGAAGAAUUGGUCUCCCGAGCAGAAUUAGAAGAUAAGAAAGUGAUUGAUCCUAAUAACGAAGAGGUGUUUGAAACAGCAGCAAAGCACAUCAUAGAAUCUGCCAAGCAAGAUGUGGAUGACGAGUACAGCGUCCAGGCAGGAGAUACCAGUUCACAGUCUUAUUAUGGAGUAGCCCAUGCUGUCAUUGAGAGGGUGGAAAAGCAGUCAUCCUUAUUGAUCAACGGCACACUUAAGCAGUACCAGAUCCAGGGCCUAGAGUGGAUGGUGUCCCUGUACAACAAUAACCUAAAUGGCAUACUGGCAGAUGAGAUGGGGCUGGGGAAGACCAUCCAAACCAUUGCACUUCUCACGUACCUAAUGGAAAACAAGAGACUUAAUGGUCCUUAUCUGAUCAUCGUGCCAUUGUCGACUUUGUCGAACUGGGUUUAUGAACUUGACAAGUGGUCACCAUCCAUUGUGAAAAUUGCUUACAAGGGCAUGCCAUCCAUGCGACGGUCAUUUGUUCCUCAACUUCGUAGCGGGAAGUUCAAUGUCCUUUUAACCACUUAUGAGUACAUCAUCAAGGACAAGCACAUCCUUGCCAAGAUCCGCUGGAAGUACAUGAUUGUGGACGAGGGUCACCGUAUGAAGAACCACCACUGCAAGCUCACACAGGUGCUGAACACACAUUACGUCGCCCCACGCCGGCUUCUGUUGACAGGAACCCCUCUGCAGAACAAACUGCCUGAGCUUUGGGCUCUGCUCAACUUUCUCCUGCCCACAAUCUUUAAAAGCUGCAGCACCUUUGAGCAGUGGUUCAACGCACCAUUUGCCAUGACUGGGGAACGGGUGGAUCUGAACGAAGAGGAGACCAUCUUGAUCAUCCGCCGUCUUCAUAAAGUGCUGCGCCCCUUCUUGCUUCGUAGAUUGAAAAAGGAAGUCGAGUCUCAGCUGCCUGAAAAGGUUGAAUAUGUGGUCAAAUGUGACAUGUCAGCCAUCCAGAAAGUUCUGUAUAGGCACAUGCAAGGAAAAGGCAUCUUGCUUACAGAUGGCUCAGAGAAGGAUAAGAAGGGUAAAGGAGGGGCAAAGACUCUUAUGAACACCAUUAUGCAGUUGAAGAAGAUCUGUAACCAUCCUUAUAUGUUCCAGCACAUUGAGGAAUCUUUUGCCGAGCACUUAGGCUACCCAAAUGGCAUCAUUAAUGGUCCUGAUCUGUACCGUGCUUCAGGAAAAUUUGAGCUGCUGGACCGCAUCCUACCUAAGCUUCAGGCCACCAAUCACAGAGUGUUGCUCUUCUGUCAGAUGACUUCCCUAAUGACCAUCAUGGAGGACUAUUUUGCCUACCGCAACUUCCUCUACCUACGUCUAGAUGGAACAACCAAGUCUGAAGAUCGUGCGGCACUGCUGAAGAAGUUUAAUACUGAGGGUUCACAGUAUUUCAUCUUCCUGCUCAGUACCAGAGCAGGGGGUCUUGGCCUUAACUUGCAGGCUGCUGACACUGUUGUCAUCUUUGACAGUGACUGGAACCCCCACCAGGAUUUGCAGGCUCAGGAUCGCGCUCACCGAAUCGGACAGCAGAACGAGGUGCGUGUGCUGCGCCUUUGCACGGUUAACAGUGUCGAAGAGAAGAUCCUUGCUGCGGCCAAAUACAAACUCAACGUUGAUCAGAAGGUCAUCCAGGCCGGCAUGUUUGACCAGAAAUCCUCCAGUCACGAGCGCAGGGUUUUCCUACAGGCCAUCCUGGAACACGAGGAACAAAAUGAGGAGGAGGGAGGAAACCAGGGAACCCAGAAUCCUUUGUGGACACAUACAGAGGAGGAUGAAGUUCCUGAUGAUGAAACACUAAAUCAGAUGAUUGCCCGCAACGAGGAGGAAUUUGAGCUUUUCAUGCGCUUUGACCUGGAUAGGCGUCGUGAAGAUGCGCGAAACCCUAAGCGUAAACCUCGUCUGAUGGAGGAAGACGAGCUACCAUCCUGGAUCAUCAAAGACGACGCUGAGGUGGAGCGUCUCACCUGUGAGGAAGAGAAAGAGAAGAUGUUCCCUCGGGGUUCGCGCCAUCGCAGGGAUGUGGAUUACAGUGACGCGCUGACUGAAAAACAGUGGCUGAGAGCCAUCGAAGAUGGCAACCUGGAAGAGAUGGAAGAGGAGAUCCGUCUGAAGAAGCGUAAGCGUAAAAGGCACUUAGACAAAGGCAGCCGACGUGAGGAUGGGGACAAGGCUAAAAAGAGGAGGGGACGACCUCCAGCCGAAAAGCUUUCUCCCAACCCUCCCAAACUCACCAAACAGAUGAGCACCAUCAUCGAGACAGUCAUCAACUACAAAGACGGGUCAGGCCGACAGCUCAGUGAGGUGUUUAUACAACUGCCUUCUAGGAAAGAGCUUCCAGAGUACUACGAACUGAUAAGGAAACCAGUGGACUUCAAGAAGAUCAAGGAGAGAGUGCGCAACCAUAAGUACAGGAGCUUGGGCGAUUUGGAAAAAGACGUAAUGCUCCUGUGCCACAAUGCUCAAACCUACAAUCUAGAAGGCUCUCAGAUCUUUGAGGACUCCAUCGUGCUGCAGUCCGUAUUUAGGAGCGCUAGGCAGAAGAUUGCCAAAGAGGAGAGUGAGGACGACAGCAAUGAUGAGGAUGAUGAAGAGUCAGAAGCUGAGUAUAAGUCAGUGAAGGUGAAGAUCAAGCUGAACAAGCAGGAGGAGCGGAGCCAAGAGAGAGGCAAGAAGCGGCCAAGCCGGGUGAAGGCCAAACCUGUGGUCAGUGAUGAUGACAGUGAUGAGGAGCAGGAGGAAAAUGAGCAGUCUGAGGGAAGCCACACAGAAGAUGAGUAACAAAGGACCUGCUUCUACCCAUCUUUUUUUUUUUUUUUUUUGAGUUCUUUAAAAGUAUAUCUACCCCGUCUACCUUACAAAGGUGCUGAGAAGAACAGAGCACUUACGUCUGGCUUGUUCUCGGGUCAUUUGACCGAAGCAGCGUUUUUGAACAUUUUGUCGAAUUCAUUCACCUGUCAUGCGGUUUCACUACACAAAGUGUACUGAUGAAACCCGAUGCCCUCGUAUAUGUUUUACCCAGCUAUAUACAUUGUAUAGGUUUACUUGCACAAAAAAAAUUACAUUGCACAGAAAUCUGGGUUUCGAGUGCAUCGAGACGAAGAGCAGUCCUCCUGCUCAUAAUUCACUUCUAAAGUAAGGAAGGUUUUUGUCAAAAAGUUUUUAUCUCGUAAAAAGGCACACUUGGGUCAAAUCUUUAAAUUUCAUAUAUUCUCAUAUUUUCAUAUAAGCUCAUUCCCGUAAACUGAAUACAAUGUAGAGAUUUUUUAAACAUGGAAAGAAUUUGACUUUGAUUUGGUCCACUGUUAAAGCUGAUAAUGUUGUGGUGGAUUGAGACAUUCAAACAAGAUUCACGUAUAUAUGACACUUCACUCUUGCUUCUGAUUAUCUCUACUUUAAACUCAACCCUCACAGCUGUGCAUAGUUUUUUUCUUUGAAAUUCUAGACACAAAACUUAUACAAAUCUUAAAACUGAAUUAUAUAUAUAUAUAUAUAUAUAUAUAUAUAUAUAUAUAUAUAUAUAUAUAUAUAUAUAUAUAUAUAUUGUCUUGCUAAUACGCUUACAUUUAUCAGUAUUAUUGUCAGUCCUUUUGGUCGAACAGAACUUUUUUCAUAUCUUCUUUUAUAUAUUUUUGCUUUUUGCAUGUUACCUUUUCUGAAGUGUCAUAAUCAUUGCUUUCUUUGCACAAUGUCUUUGUGGUUGUAUUGCAUAGCCCAAAGCAAAUAAAUUUCACAGAUCUUGAAGGCCA